CAUAAACUGCAAUGUAUUGUUAUCAUGCAGUUUUUUUCUGAGGGUGCUAAACCUACGUAAGCUAGCGGUCGGAAAAACUGAUCUCUCGAGGAGGAGUCUUACUUGAUGUCACGGUGUGUUAAACCACGGAUUAAAUUUUCACCAGAACAUCCCUUUAACUGUUUGAUAUGAAUUGUUUUAUGUAUGUGGUUAAGCUGAUAUCUGCCAUUUAACUGAUCAGAUAUGUUCGUCAAGCCACAGCUGUGCAUUAUGUUUAGGCAUUUACAUUCUGAAGGGUGCGAUGGAGUCCAGUGUAGGCAGGCAGUAAUUGUCAGAACUCAUGUCAUAAAUUUUCAGAUAUUGCGCAGAGGGACACAACAAACACAGGCUUCAAAGGCUUGACAAAGAAAAGCCCUCCCAGACUUCUAAUGAAAAACACAGGAUUUAAAACGGGGCAGAGGGCCUGAGAUGUGACGGGAAAGCGAAGCAUUUACCAUAACCACAAUCAAUUAAUCCCACGUUUAGCUCGUACAAAGAGGGGCCCCAUUCACAAACUUUGUAAAAAUGAGUUGCCUCAAUAUUCCUCGUGGAAUCAGUCGAGAGGAGAGAGGCAGAGGCAACAAGCUUGAACGUUGAAAUCGUAAACGUAAAAUCAUGUUAUCAAAGCAGUCGAGCGACAGGAGUUCUGAAGAUUCAAUAAUAAAAGCACAUUCCUGUACUGGGUCGCUGGUGUUGAUUAGAAAACUUGUGAUAUUUUCUAAAGAUGGAAUUUAUGAACAUUCUAAAUAAAGAAGGUCGACCCACGUCCCCUCCGGGCCGGUCUGGCCCAGGCUUAAAAUAAACUGGGUUGGGCUUUAAAUAAGAGAAAUUAGGGGAAGUGGUUUCGAUGAGAGGAACAUAGUUAACAUUUUAAUAGAAGAAGUGACAGAUGAAAUGUGGAGUGCCAGGGCAAUGGAAUGCACCGACAGCGUAUGUUUCUAGGCAACACCAAGCCCACCAUCACCCCUGCCGGCCCUCACAUUGUCGUCUCGCUCGGCGCACCCUUGGAGCUGCGCUGCCAGGGUGUGAAGGCGAUGCAGUGGCAGCGGGAGGAGCGGCUGAAGGUGCGGGGAGAGAAGAAGGUGGACGGGAUGUCCACGCUGCACAUCCCCAGGGCUCAGCCUCUUCACAUGGGCCGCUACAUCUGCCUGGAGGAGAGCUCCCAGGAGACAGCCUCCGUUUACGUCUACGUGAAAGAUCCCGACAAUCCUUUCAGAAAACCAAUGGUGUUCAAAAUCCUCACCCGAGAGGGAGACGCAGCUUCCAUCCCCUGCCUGGCAACUGAUCCGAGUCUGGACAACCUGAGCCUGGAAACAUGUUCCAGUAGAGCUCUGGCCUCUGGUCUCCAGUUUUCUGCAAGCCUGAAGCAAGGCAUCACCAUCCACAACACACAAAAGGCCUAUGAGGGCUGCUAUGUGUGCACAGGGAGACUGAGGGAAGAGCGAGUCCGAUCACAAGACUAUUUCCUGACAGUGAAACCAGUGCCCGUUGCUCCACCUGUGAUUGAGAUGCAGGCACCCAAAAGAGUGAUUCUUACCCGGGGUGAGGCGCUCUCCCUCACGUGCAACACAACCAACGUCAAUGGAGAAAUCACCCUGAAGUGGGUCGCCCCACCUGGCUCGGGUGCCGUCUGGUAUCCACAGCAACCACCAAAGGUUGAUGCUACCUCACAUAUCCAGACGGAGCACUUCACCCGCGUGCGCAUUGCCACGCUGAACAUCGAGGCGGUCCAGCAUCAAGAUGCCGGGAGGUACCAGUGCGAAGCUGAGAACGAGAAAGGGGUCAGCACGCAGUCGGUGUGGCUCGAUGUUUAUGAAAAAGGAUUCAUCAACCUAACACCCACAAGCAACAGAACCAUCCAGGUCCGCUCGGGUGAGAGUUUGACCCUGAGAGUCGACAUGGAGGCUUAUCCCAAGCCGCACACUUUCUCCUGGAGCUUAAUGGACCAGGGGCUGAGGAACACCACCGACCAUGUCAUCACCACGCACAGCCACGAGUACAGGUACACCAGUGAGCUGAGGCUGGUGCGACUCCAGACGUCAGAGAGUGGAGUUUACACCUUUCAAGCCUCCAACGGAAACGCAUCAGUAAACCAGACCUUUACCAUCUUUGUGAUCAGUAAACCUGAGAUUGUGUUUCAUGACGGCCCAGUGGAUGGACAGGUACGCUGUGUGGCAGGGGGUUUCCCCGCUCCUCGGAUCACCUGGUACUACUGUGAACAGAUGUAUGCCAGGUGCUCCCAACAGGUGAAUGCCACCGUGGAGGAGCAGAACGUCAUCACCGUCACGCUGGUCAGCCCAAGGUUCGGGAAGACGGAGGUGGAGAGUCGGGUGAAUGUCAGCAGGGGACGGUUCAGUACCCUGGAGUGUGUGGCGACGGUGGAGGGCGAGCAGGCUUACACCCUCUUUUCUAUCAGUGAGAGGACUGUUCCUCAUGAUCUGUUCACCCCUCUGCUAAUUGGCUCUGUAUCAGCAGCUGGCAUCCUCUGCCUCGUCCUUAUCAUGCUCUUCUACAAGUACAUGCAGAAACCAAAAUACCAGAUCCAGUGGAAAGUUAUCGAGGGCAUCCAUGGAAACAACUACGUGUACAUUGACCCUACCCAGCUACCAUACGAUCACCAGUGGGAGUUUCCUCGAAACAACUUGCGUUUUGGGAAGACGCUGGGAUCUGGAGCAUUUGGGAAAGUGGUGGAAGCCACCGCAUAUGGACUCUCCAAAGCAGAUUCCGUCAUGACGGUGGCCGUGAAAAUGCUCAAAUCAAGCGCUCAUUCCACAGAGAAAGAGGCACUGAUGUCAGAGCUGAAAGUCCUCAGUUACUUGGGAAACCACAUGAACAUUGUCAACCUGCUGGGAGCCUGCACUGUUGGAGGCCCCACGCUGGUGAUCACGGAGUACUGCUGCUUCGGAGACCUCCUCAACUUUCUGCGCCGAAAGAGGGAAUCCUUCAUGUGCUUCAAGCCUGAAGAGGACUGCUACUACCACAACGUCAUGCCGCAAAGGGACGCAGCCGGUGACAGCUUGAAUGGCUACAUGACCAUGAGGCCUUCUGCUGCUGGCAACCUGCCGCUGAGCUCAUCCGAGAAGAGGCGCUCACUACGCAAAGGUGGCUCCUACGUCGAGGCGGACACAGAGAGUGCGAUGUUUGACGAGGACGGCCUGUCUCUGGACACCGAGGACCUGCUCAGCUUCUCCUACCAAGUGGCCAAAGGCAUGGAGUUCUUGGCCUCCAAAAAUUGUAUCCACAGAGACCUGGCUGCCAGAAAUAUCCUCCUGACUCAAGGCAGGGUGGCAAAGAUCUGUGAUUUCGGCCUGGCUCGAGACAUCACCACGGACUCCAACUAUGUGGUAAAAGGCAACGCCCGUCUGCCAGUGAAGUGGAUGUCUCCAGAAAGCAUCUUUGAGUGUGUGUACACAUUUGAGAGUGACGUGUGGUCCUACGGCAUCCUGCUUUGGGAAAUCUUUUCACUAGGAAACAGUCCGUAUCCUGGUAUGCCCGUGGACGCCAAGUUCUACAAACUAAUAAAAGAAGGAUACAGAAUGGAUGCUCCGGAGUUCGCACCCAGUGAAAUGUAUCAGAUUAUGAGGUCCUGCUGGGAUCCUGACCCCUUCAACAGACCCCCCUUCAGGAAGGUCGUGGAAAGGAUUGAACAGCAGCUGUCGGAUGCCACUAAGCAUAUUUAUCUGAACUUCAGCUCCAGGCUUCCUGUGACGCCCAGAGCCAGGGAGGAGCCCAGUUCUCAGAGCGCGGCUUUUCACAGUCUCAGCUCAGCCGGCAGUAACAGCCCUCCGACCCAGCCCUUACUGGUCCAGCAUGAGGUCUUCCUGGAGGGGACGACCCUCAGAGCCCAGCGGGUGUAAGGACCCACCCGACCUGUUUGGCUGCCUCAUAAAGUGCCUGUAAUGUUCCGCCACAGACUGCCCGACCACUACACCCGCCCACCGCCCUGGUACUGGAAGCGUUUGUUGUCACGCAGACGGAGUGGUAAUCGCCAUCUCUCAGCAAACACAACAGCAAAGGAGGAAUGGCUUUUAUCACUGUGAUCACUAUUAUUGCCUACUGAUUACUGGGAGGACAGUUGGACUAAUGCUCCCCUGCUCAUAGUGAAGAAACUGUUCAGGCACCGGGGAGGGUGGAGGGACAUCAACUGUUUCUAUACAACUGUCAUUACCUACAUUAUUACACUGUUUUCUGUUCAUUUCUUUUUUUUUUCUUUUGAGUUUUUCCUACACAUUUCAUAAAGGUCAUUUUGUUGUUUUGUUUUUUUUUAGUACUCCGUACGUCUCUUUCUCUCUGUUGGAGACAUUUUAUUUUCUUUUAUGUUUCGUGUUUUUGUUAUUCCUUGUCGUUUUCCUGUCACAGAUAUUUAUGUAGCGUUUUGAGUUUCGGUUGGCUCUUGCGAUUGUUGGAGGAAGAUUUAAAAAGAAAAUUUAAAAAAAAGCACUCGAGGCACUUGAACGUCACACCAUUACACACACCACGUAAUGCAGCUUUUGUUUCUUUUUUGUUGUUGUUGUUGUUGUUGUUGUUGUUGUUGUUAUCCUUUUUGUUGUCAGUAUUAUUUCCGACUGUUCAGAUCCACGUGUAUGAAGGAGAUACUUUUCUGAGGGGCCAAUUUAAAUUGAAACAUGGAGACACUGGUAUACAGAAUAAGCUAUUAGACGGCAUGGUCGCUCAUGCUUGAAGUCCAUAAGUCGAUUAGGAGUUACAUUUCCUCUCUUUUUGCGUCGGAUGUCACUACCUGUAGAGCAAGUGUCUUUAUCUGUUAACACAUAACGUGGAUCAGUCCACGAUUACUUUACACACACAGUUGUCUUCAGAGAUGGUACGCUAGCUUUUUCUUUAUAUGCUUGUUGACUGUAUAUGUGUACAUAUCCAUAGAAAAUGACGUUAAUCAUUGCUUAAUGAUUAGCUGGGAAGCGUCAGAGGAAGGAGACACUCUGAGAAGCCUUUAACUCUUAGCGUGCGUAGUAGCUUUGUUACAUAGGCAUGUAACGCGGGUGUAUAGUUUCACUUUUGGACAGCUGGACUGCUGGAGAGUUCUCUUGCAAGGGUGUAAAUAACUGUUCAGGUUUAUAUCGUCGCUCUCCUGCCACAUCUAGUGUAUGAUCUUUGUUUACAAGCAUGAGACAGGUACUGCCAUUUCUGAGAUGUGUUUUCUCUGCCGUUCAGCUUCUUCCCCUUCGUGAAGGACCAGGAACCUCUCCGUCUGUGUUUUUCGCCCGCGCUGUUGUACAGUAUAUAUCGUGGAUAGAUUCAGGGCGACGCUCAUGUUAAAAUGCCAUUAAGUAGACUGCAGUGUUCCCCGAGGUGACAAGCUGGAGGAAAAUGAAGGCCUGGCUGCAGAGAUUGGUCGGUCAUCUCAUUGUUCCUCCGACCAGUUGCUGGUUUCCCCGCCGUCCUUCUCCUCUUUGUAUCCAGCUGUUUCCUCCAUCAGAAGUGGGACUUUCAGCACCUCUCAGCCAGUAGUCUGUAUCAGUCCAGACCAUUAUGAUUCCCCUCUUCCCACUGGUGGAUGUUGUUGUGAAAAGUACCAGGAAAGUGUCCUGCUUGUUUGUAUGAAUGUGUGUGUGCGUGUGUGUGUGCGAGAGUGUGUACGUCUUCUUGUCUCUGUGUGCGUGUCUGUAUGAAUGCAGAUUAUAAAGAAUUACUGUCAAGAGGUGCCACUACUUAAGAUUCAUGAAGUCGUUUAGGCUACUAAAACCCCACCGUCUUACUGCUCUGUCUAUUUUUUUUUUUUUUUUUUUGUAAAUAUAAAUGUGCGUAUAUUGUAAAGUAAUGUCGAUGCUUUUGAAGAUGUCUAUCUUGAUGAAGACGUGGUACAUUGAUACAGAAUUUUAUGAUGCUGUAUUUUCUUACGUGCGCGCAGAUUUCUGGCUGUAGCUUCGAGUGGAAGAGCUUCUUGUGUCUCUGUCACCGUGGUAUCUUAAAACAGAGGAGAGUCACUUUGGAUAAAGGUGCAAUAUGUAAGGACUGAAUUCACACACAAAUAGGGGGCAGCAUAUCACCGAAGUAACCACCGCUAACUGCAAUAAGCUAGUUAGCUCAGUUAGCUGUGCAGCUAGCAGUUGAGAGUUGGAGCUCAGAGCACCGGGGGAGUGUUAGUGUUUUUACAUCGCUGACACGGGAGCUUUGCAUCGGGACGGAUCGGGGGCUAGCUGGUUAGCAUGCUAACUUCAUUAGAUAUCUCAGCAACAUAAUACGUAAACAUCAUAAUGUCAGAACUGUCAGAUAUAGCAGCAAACAGGAGGAUCCUGCUCCCCGCGGACAGGACCGCCUCUCUACUGAGUUCUCUGUCCUGAUUGGAUAAAGUGGACAGGGAUACCAGAAAAUGGUAACCAUGGUUACCACACAACACGUAUUUUUACUUCGCUCACAGCAGCUUUUUUUUAUGUUUUCAACUAAAUGCCUACAUAUUGCACCUUUGACAUUUUCAUUUUUGGCUAAUUCAUCAUCGGUCAUGUCGGUUCUUUUGGUGAAUGCCUCAACAAGGCAGACUGCUCCUGAUGGUCGUGUCUGCUCAUCAAUAUUCAUGGUAAUAUUCAUUAAAAAAAAAAGAUCUUAUUGGAUAUUUCAACCAGGAAGGAGAUGUUCCAGAAUAAUAGAGAUUAUUUUUUUCAUUUCAUUGCUGCCCUUGCAUACAAGAGUUUGUUUCCGCCUGCAUCUUACUACAUAUUUAUUAAAUCCGAGGCUUUAGUGUUACUAUGUAAAUUUGAUGUGUUGCUAAUACAUGUGUCAAUGUAAAUAAAAUUGUGUAUAUUGAAUUCCCAA